AUGUCCAAUUUGUAUUCGCAUAGAGAACAACAGAAUAAUCAACGGUUUGACCAACUAGCGCAGACAUUACAUCAAUUCAGAACGGUGGUUAACGAUGAUAUACAUGGGUCAAUUCAACAAGAAAAUCUGACAUUAGAUAUGUUAAAUGAUAACUUUGGUCAAGUUUGGAUAAAAGUAAAGAGAACAAGUGGUGAUUUACGUAAUGUCAUGAAUCGAAAUGCAAGUCUUACAAGAAUUAUUGGCUUAAUACUCUUGAUAUUUGUUAUCAUAUGGAUGUUAACUAAAUUAAGAUAA